AUGUUCAAGCGCCUGAGGUCCAACUCCAACGCCCAGCAAGCUGGUGCGGCCAUGGAUUCUCAGCACCGUGUGGACAAGUCGGCGAGGCUGGCCAGGAAGGGCACGAAUGCGGGUUCCGUGCGGGAUCCUACCAAGUUGUCGAAACUGCAGCGGUCGCUUACCGAACGCGAGGCCUCCGGGUCGGCUUCACGAUUGAAGGCCGACUCGGCCAAGACACAAGAUGCCUCCAAGGCAAACCUCGCGCCAUCGCCGAUUGUCACCCUGACCAUCGGCAUGGAGGGGCGACUAUUCGCGGCUCACGAGGACGUCCUCCUGCAGAGCCCGUUCUUCGAGCAGGCCCUAAAGGGUGGAUACCUCGAGCAGUCGUACGCGCAGUCCAGGAGAAUCGCGCUCCCGGAUGAGGAGCCGGAGGUUUUCUCGGCGGUCCUCGAGUACCUCUACAAGGGCGAUUACUAUCCGCGGCUGCUCCACAACAAGCACCGCAACUCUUGGGAGCUCGAGGACAGCGUCCCCACGCGCCGAGGGGGCACGCCAAACGCAUCCCCCAAAAUCAACUCAGAAAACACCUACGGAGGUGGUCGCGCAGCAUCAUCACCGUAUCAACCCGCGGCUGUCGAGGCUACCGUCUUCCUGCCGUCAGUGGGCCACCACCUCCUCCGGGACACGGUGGUCUACUGCGCGGCCGAGCGGUACGGGCUGGAGGAGCUGAAGCGGCUGGCGCUGCGGAAGCAGGGGCUGCAGUCUGGCAUCGACGUGGGCACCAUCCUGCGGUCGGCCCAGUACUGCUACGCCCAUACCCCGGACUCGGACAGCCGCCUGCGCGCCCACUACCUGGCACUGAUCAUCCGGUGCCGCAAGACCUUCAAGAGGUCGGGCACCAUGCAGGCCGAGAUGGAGAAGGGAGGAGAGGGCAGCAAACUGUACUUUGACCUCUUUGUCGCGCUGUGCAACCACCUCGACGACGUCAUCGAGGCGGGGAACAAGGGCAGCCCGCGGACUAUUUGA